GACGCCCGCGAACCAGGCGAACUCGUAGACACAGGCCGCAUCCCCACCGCAAUCAACAUCCCCGUCGCCACGGCGCCCGAGAGCUUCCUCAUCGCCGAAGAGGACUUCGAGGACCGGUACGGGUACCCGCGCCCGAGCAAGGAUACGGAGCUGGUUUUCUAUUGCAAGGCCGGCGUGCGGAGCCGGGCGCUGGCGACGCUGGCGCGGGAUGCUGGGUGGACCAAGGUCGGGGAGUAUCCCGGUAGCUGGCUAGACUGGGCGAAGAAGGGAGGGGAGGUUGAGAGGGGUGGGAAGGGGCCUGGGCAGGAGUAG